UCUUUUUGAGCUUCUUCUCGAAAUGGCCGCGCGCGGGGAAGGCACGUGUUCUCCAGAAGAUGAAGGAGUGGAGGAGAUGGAGGAAGGAGGCAGCGAGGAUGGAGACAUGGAGGAGGAGGAGAAGGGCGGAGGCGGGGAGAGCAGAGUGUACGUGCCCGGUCUGCAGCCGCUGGAGCCCGGAGAGGAGCUGGAGAUGGAGCGCUCCGCUUACCGGCUCUACCACCAGUGUCAGACAGGUGCUCCGUGUCUGAGCUUCGAUGUGCUGCGGGACGGUGAUGGAGAGGGCAGAGAGACCUUUCCUCUGUCCAUGCUGCUGUGUGCCGGAACCCAGGCGGACACGGCGCUUAGCAACAGGCUCAUUGUCAUGCGCAUGCACAACCUCUACGGCACUGAGAAAGACAACGACAACGAGGAAGAGGAGCAGAGCAGUGAUAGUGAGAGUGAUGAAGAUGAGGAUGUUGAGAAGAAGCCUCAGAUGGAGCUGGCCAUGGUGCCCCACUAUGGAGGAAUAAACAGAGUCAAAGUGACCAAGCUAGGUGAGCAGUCAUUGGCUGCCGUUUGGUCAGAGAAAGGUCAGGUGGAGAUUUUUGAUCUUCGGCCGCAGUUGGAGGCGGCUCACAGUUCUACGGCCAUGGCAGCGUUCAUAAAGCAGAACAAGGAGGCCACGCCCUUAUUUAGCUUUUCAGGUCACAUGACAGAAGGCUUCGCCAUUGACUGGUCUCCCAAAGUGCCAGGCCGUCUGGCGAGUGGAGACUGUAAGAAGAACAUUCAUGUCUGGGAGCCGAGGGAGGGCGGAGCGUCCUGGCAGAUUGACCAGCGGCCUUUCAGCUCGCACACAAAGUCUGUGGAGGACCUCCAGUGGUCACCCACUGAAGCUACAGUUUUCGCCUCCUGUUCAGUGGAUCAGUCCGUUCGUAUUUGGGAUAUCAGAGCUCCGCCCAACUCCAUGCUUUCGGCCAAUGAGGCUCACUCAGCAGACGUCAACGUCAUCAGCUGGAACAGAACGGAACCGUUCCUGCUGUCUGGAGGUGAUGAUGGACUCCUGAAGGUGUGGGACUUGAGGCAGUUCCAGUCCGGCCGAGCGGUGGCCACCUUUAAGCAGCACAGCGCCCCCAUCACCUCCGUGGAGUGGAACCCGGUGGACUCCAGCGUGUUUGCCGCCGCCGGAGCGGACGACGUCGUCAGCCAGUGGGAUCUGUCGGUAGAGUCAUGUGACGUGGGCGAGCGGGCAGAUGGGUUGAAGGAGCUCCCGCCGCAGCUGCUGUUCCUCCAUCAAGGCCAGAAGGAGGUGAAGGAGCUCCACUGGCACCCGCAGUUACCCGGGAUACUCAUCUCCACCGCGCUGUCAGGCUUCAACGUCUUCAGAACUAUUUCAGUGUGAAAACCCAGCGUGUCUGGGCUUUUUCACAGUAGCUCAAUGGAAGCGGACUGUUCACAUACUGAUAUGCAUUCACAGCACUGCAUUGGCAGAGACUGCUCCUCCUCCUCCUCCUCCUCCUCCUCCUCCCCCUCCUCCUCCUCCUCCACACUCAUCGAGACUGGCAGGUUCACAGAUCGCAGUUUCAUUGGCUGCCUGUGUCCUCAUCAGCAUGUCAACUGAUUAAAAAAACUCCACAUUGAUUA